CAAUCCCAAGCCAGCGAGGCCAGGCCCUCUACCACCGUUCCUCCGGUUCCCUAUCCCCAUCGCCACCCCCCUGAACACCAUGAUCGACGAUGCUUCAAGUCACCCCAACCAGACCUCUCCGCGCUUCCUCCGUCGUCCGGACACCUUGCAUGAUUUGCUUCACGCGUCGAGCCAACGCCAUGGAUACAACCGCACACAGACCAAGAGUGCCGAACCGCUGUCAUCCCACCAGUUCCAAUUCGUGGAAGAAACCGCCGACAUCAUACGACAAAUUAGCGCGUCGCCGGACCGUCUCGAUGCCAGCGAAUCCAUCCGGUCGGCGCCAGCCAGUUUCUCCGUUCCCGGCCCUGACGUUGUGGUUCCAUCCAUCGAGCUCGGUCAUCCGGCCGACAGCGCGGACGAUGCUCCUCGAAGCCCGUUUACGGAAUGGGGAAACGCUACGCACGGGAAUGGUCACGACCCGAUGGUGCAUCCCGAUAAAACGUCGGGCAGACCGCCACCACCUAUGACAUCGGGGCAAACAAUUCGGUUGGUGCAAACUAGGAAGGCUCUCGCACGAGCUGCCCAGCUUGCCCGGGUGCGGGUCAACCGGACUCGCAACCUUCCGUAUCACGACCCUAACAACCGGCCUCUCCAUCCCGCACCUGACAACGGUUGGACACCCUACGGCGGUCCGGCACCUUACGACGGCUCGACACAUUAUGACGCCCCCAUCACCCACCAACCGCCCCUCCACAACAUCUUCCUUCCCAUGCAUAACAACCCCAGCAACCCGCACCCAUCCACGCUCCCCCACUACUCUGUCCCCAUUCCUAAUCCAACAGCCCACAACACCUACCUCGUGUCCGACCCCUUUCAACCUCAAUUCCCCCCUUCACACAUCUCUCCGAAUCCCGCCCCCCCACCCGAAGUCAUGCACCGACCCGUAGCUUUGCCCCCACCCCCCGUCUUCUACUCACCCAUCGGCCUCCACGAGUCCCUGGUCGUCCACCCACCCCCGAAUCUCAACGCACCCCCAGUCGUCCACCCGCCCCCCAGCCUCGACGUCCCCGUCAACGGUCCCCAACCGCGCGGACUACAACCCCACGGCGCGCCUGGCCUUCCGGAGCAGGCGGGAUUGGCGGUCGGGGUGCAGGGUGAUGGGACGAUCGAUCACGGUGUGAGGACGGACUGAGAAUUGAAGUGUGAACGGGCGAGUGGGUGGUUGCUGUGACGUGUGGACCUUGGUGGUGGAUUUGGUUGGGUUGAGUGGGACUACUGCGCGUCCGUAUUCUUUCCGCGCUCACGCGUUAUUCAUUCGCAUCUGCCAGUUGACGGAGGAUGUUUGUAUUGUUAAGAGACAUGGCGGUCAGCGACUGAUCGGAGAAAUUGCAACCGGACUGUUUGGCAUCGAUGGUUCGUUUCGCGGUGCGGUACAUUGCUAAUUAGGAGAGUGAUGUUGGCUAGAAGCAG